UGGCCUGUGGCCUGUGGCCUGUGGCCUGUGGCCUGUGGCCUGUGGCCUGUGGCCUGUGAUCUGUGAUCUGUGAUCUGUAAUCUGCAAUCUGCAUUCAUCUCAUUGAUUGUGUGCCCAGCCAGCCCAGGCUCUUCCUUCCUGCCAGUUGCGGACCAAAGACAUACUGUACAUCACUUUCCAUCUCCCAUCUUCUCUUCUCCGUCGCCCACUGCUGCUCAUUUGCGCCAGAACCCAUCGCACGGAAACGGGGGCUGCAUGACAAUCUAUCGGCCCAGCGCCAGCAAAAUACCAGCCCGUCCCCGUUCGUCCCAUCGCAUCCAGACCCUGAAAGCACCACAUUUCCCGGCCCCCCUUCCCCCACUCAGAACCACCCGUGGGCCCAGCCCGUCACCGUGACAGCUCUGCCCUGGCACACACGCACGACGACUCUGUCGAUCUCUCUGCAGGCUCCCAGCUCCAACUUCCCAUCCGUGACGGAGACACCUGUCGUGCCCUGCCCAGGUCUCGGCUCGACUCGACUCGACUCGACUUGCCGUCCCAAUAGGGCCAUCGCGACCUCUUGCGUGCGCACCUACUGAGACCUCGACGGCUGUGCUCCCACCCGUCAAAUCAUCACACCCGAGGUCGACUCGAGCACGAGGCUAGACACAAAGCGGAUUGCAACCCCACGCCCACCCACUCGCCCACCCGCUCGCCCAAUACCUCGCAUCCUUGCCGCCGUAACACCACCGCCCGCAACUCCAACCUCCCUAUCCACCUCGCAGCCCCUUGGCUUUUUCGGCUAACCAGGAGGCAAGCCUUGCCCUCUGGUCGCUGUCACCUGCACCGUCAACCUGGCUCCCCCAAGACCCUCCGCUACCUCCUCCUCGGCUGAGGACAGACCGGCCCCCUCCCACCACCGACGACGCUCAUCUGCUUCGAGUGGCCUCAAGAUUUCCUUGGGAGGCGAGCCCGCCUCCUCGCUUGGGUCGCUUGGCGUCCAUCGGCAGAAGCCUAGCCAGCUCUCCCCGAUCCCAGGCACCCCAGGCUUCCAAAUGUCCCUCUCGAGAAGCCCGUCCCCCCUUCCCGCCGGCGGAUGGAGCAGCCCCGGCCUCGAUAUCAACACGAGCGGUCGAUCCAGUCCCUCGGCCGCAUUCCCAGGCUCCAAUGGAAACCAAGUCGUCUGGGAGUCUGCGCGCAUCAAGAAUAUGGGCAAUGGUGGCUACCCGUCGUUCGCGACUCAGAACCAGGGCUUCUUUACCCGACACAUGCGCCGCAUAUCGAACAGCCUGCCACAGUUCAAUACGAGCACACAUUACGCCGAGAAGGAGAAAUUGCAAAAGGGCAGAUGGGCCCCAGCUCAGUCGGUGCCGUUAUAUGGCAGGAUAAGAAACAUAUUGGCGCGCAUGGGCCGAAAGUCGAAGCUGCGGUUACUUUUCGUCCUGCUGCUGCUUGUCGCGAUCAUCAUAUUCUACCAAUCCCCUUUAAUAUAUCACUGGCGCCGGAAAGCAUGGCUUGGCGGCGGAGAAAAAUACGUGAUAAUACUAGCCGCCAACGUUGGUGGCGGUGUCAUGGAAUGGAAAGGCGCGAGGGAGUGGGCGAUCGAGCGCGACAGUAUGCGCAACAAGAAGAAGUACGUCGCAAACUGGGGCUACGACCUGGAAGUCGUAGAUAUGAGCACAAAGAAGCGAUACGCUCACGAGUGGCGAGAGAGCUGGGAGAAAGUCGACUUUGUCAGGCAAGCCUUCAUGAAGUACCCCAAGGCGGAGUGGGUGUGGUGGCUCGACCUCAACACUUAUAUCAUGGAACCAUCGUACUCCCUCCAAAGUCACAUGUUCGAUCAGCUACAGAAUAACAUUUACCGCGACAUCAACGAGUACAACCCUCUGAACAUCACGCAUCCCCUAAACGACACCUACCUUGACGAUGAUUUGCGAAGCCCAGUCGGUGACGGAGACAUAAACUCGGUGAACUUGAUCCUCUCCCAGGACUGCGGUGGCUUCAACCUCGGCUCCUUCUUUAUGCGACGCGGCCAGUGGACCGACCGCCUGCUCGAUGUUUGGUGGGAUCCGGUGGCCUACGAGCAGAAGCAUAUGGAGUGGGCACACAAAGAACAGGAUGCGUUGGAGCAACUCUACCGAAGCCAGGCGUGGAUCCGAUCCCACACGGCCUUUGCGCCGCAGAGAAAGAUCAACAGCUUUCCUCCGGGCGCGUGCUCCGAUAAGGGCAACGACACACGCGUUCACUAUGACCAGAACGACCGUGACUUUGUCGUCAACAUGGCAGGUUGCGAGUGGGGCCGAGAUUGCUGGGGCGAGAUGUACAACUACCGUGAACUCAGCUACUGGCUGAACCGAAACCCGUGGGAACGUUUCAAGGAGGACCUUGUCGCCCCUAUCAUCUACAAGGUCACCGGCAAGAAGGUCAAGUUCUGAGAGCUGCGCUUGUCGCGGUGCAUCAUUCGGUUGCCAGAUGCACCCACGCAAUCUAAUACCUAAUCACCCCUGCUAUUUCAGUCGACCUGAUGUGGUAACAUCAUCCUUCCUCCAGCCUCCUCGUGGGGUGUCUCGAACCAGCCACAUCCUAAAGCCCCUGUCAGCUUAACGACAGCCUUGUGUUGCAGUGGCUCAACGGCCCAGAGGACGAAACGCUCCAGACAUUUCCCAAGCCUCUUCAUCCCUGGCUCCACAGUAUCCGCGCUUGUCUUAUCCACAGCGCCUGUGUGCUACUAUGCCCCAUUCGUGUUACGCCGGCAGAGCCGAGGCCCCAAGACACAAAAUACGACAACCUACUUUACCCCUUUCGACGGUGAUGGUCCCGUGGUGCCGAGAAGCAUUGGCGGAGAAAGACGGGUGGAUUCCUGCAUUUGCAUCUCAUAAGGAGUACAACGAUUUGUUGGAUUGAGAACAGACAGACGGUGGAUGUCUCUGCCCUGUUUUCUUGCCAAAUUGAUGACUGUUUUGGAGGACGGACGAUUCUACUUUAGAUGGCCUUGGGGAUUUUGGAAUUACAAUAGGCGCAGUCGCAAUGUCAUUGCAAACGGAUACCAUGUCAGAAUCAAAUGAGGCUUCCUGGGUUGCAAACACCGACGCUGUGAUUCAAUUACCGUAUAUGACUCUCAA